ACACUGAACACAUCACACGUUAUUAUAAACAAAAUUUUUUUCCUAAAACCACAAACAAAACAACUUUCUUUUUCAUAAAAAAAGAAAUAGAAAAACAUAUUAUAAUUCUAAACAUAAAACUAAAAUUUAACUUCUUAAAAUGGGUGCAGAUAACAAAUCGAAUCUUAAAAAAUGUGGUGAAAUACUUAUUAACUUGAAAAAGAAAAAUAAAAAAUCGAAAACUUAUACUUUUCAUUGUUCAUUUUGUGAGACAUCAUGGGAUCAAAUGAAAAAAUUUUCCAUGCAUUUGGAAGAGUUACAUUUAGAACAUUUCGAAGAGGAAUCUAACGAGCUACCCAUGAUAUAUGAGCCAGAAAUUAAAAUUGAAACACCUAUUGAAAGUAAAAUACCAGAAAUUGAAGAUAAAACAUUGCUGACAGAAAUUGUCAAAGAAGAUCCCUUAGAAACAGAAGCUGCAAAUAUUAGCGGGACAUCAGAUGAUAAUGAAUACUCUGGGGUACAGGUUAAAGAUGAAGAGGAGGGAGAUGAUAAUGAUACAAAUAUUAAAACGGAGGAUAUUUUUGAUAAUGAUUCGGAUGACAAUGAUGAGGAUUAUAAACCAUUUAAAGAUGAUGACAGUUCGUCAUCAGGCGAGGAGAGAGUAGAGGAAUCAAAUGAUAAUGAUUCUGAGUCCAAAGAAGAGCCCAAAAAGUUAAGAAAACGUCGUAAAAUAAAACUCAAACUUAAACGCCACAAAUCAAAUAGAAUCUUACCCGAAUUGGCUGAAGACUCGGAGGAAAAAGAUUUGAAUAUUGCGUUAUUGCAAGCUUUUGAGAAAAAACCUUAUCUAUGGGACUUAAAAGAAAAAUCAAAAGAUGAAGCUAAAUGUCAGAAUGGUUAUGAAGAAAUAGCAAAUGAAAUUAACGAGCAACUAUCUACGAAUAUUACUUGGGAAUUUGCCAAAAAUCGCAUAAACAAUAUGCGUUUUGAGUAUUCAUAUCAAAUUGAAAAACAACAUAAUGGUGAAGAUUUUAAAUUGCCCUGGUAUAUUGAACAUAUAAAAUAUUUGCAGCAAAAUAUUCAAUCUUUAACAAAGGACAGGAUAAAAAAGAAACGUUUUAAAAACAUAAAGGAAUCACAUUUACCUAUAAUAAUAGAGCUCUACAAGAAAUACGAAGAUUUGUGGCAGGUAAAUAGUGUAUUUUUUGGUAUCACCACAAGGCGAGAUGAAAUAUUUACCAAGAUACAGGAAGAGCUGAAAUUAAAUUGGAAUAUUGAUUUAACAUUUGAGCGCUUAAGAAAUCAUAUACAAUACAUUAAUCGUCUGUACUCCAAAGAUAAGGAACAACAGUUAAAAUGCCAACUAGAGAAAUCCGAGUUUACAGCAAACUCCAAAUACUACAAUGAUCUGUCAUUUCUUAGCGAUUGCCAGGGGCCAUUUAUGUGUCCUCAUUGUAAUGAAAUUAUUAAAAAAUAUGAAAACUAUCAUAUACAUGUGUCAGAGCACACCAAUACCAGACCAUUUAAAUGUCCCUUAUGUGAAUUGGCUUUUAAAAAGUUUGAUACUUGUGUAUCGCAUGUUAAACGUCACCUGAGCGAGAAUAGUUUUCGUUGUGAUUUAUGUGGUAAAGGUUAUCCUAAAAAAUCAGAAUUGGAUCGACAUUUAAUUUAUCAUACGGGCGAAAAACCAUUCCUAUGUCAAAUAUGUGGUGCUGGUUUUCGCACGAGUCGUGAUCAUGACAAUCAUAUUCGUCGGCAUGAGAAUCGUUUUCGUUACGAAUGUCACAUCUGUAAAAUGGGCUUUAAUCACUUGCAUACGCUAAACGAUCACGUUAAAUCACAUCUGAAUGUACGUGAUAUUUUAUGUAAUAUAUGCGGUAAAGGAUUCACAGCAACGAGAUAUUUAAAUAAUCACAAAUUAAUACAUGAAGAUAAAAAACAUUAUAAAUGUCACUUUUGUGGAAAAGAAUUUGCCCAGGGCGCUGGAUUGCGGGCACAUCGUAAACUUCAUAAGGGUUAUAUACCAGCUCCAGCAGUUGCAGUUCAAGCGAAAAGAGUGAAAAAAGAGUCUAUUUUGGAAUAAAAGAAAAAUAACCUAUAUGUUUCGAAACGUAUGGAAUAUUUUAAUGUUUAUGGACGGCAUUACAUAUUUCACACUUGUAUAAUUAUUAAGGGUGGUACAAAUAUAAGUUUCCUUUUAAUCAAUGAAAUAAACAUACACUAUACUAAACUGUAACUUGAUUAAGUAGAAUAUAUGUAUAUGGAAUGUUCAGGUCAGGUGUGACCUGACUGUCCUGUCGGUUCAAUUUUUCAUGUUAUUGUUAGUGGUUGCCAGUUAUGGCUUGUGAAUGAAUGAAUAAGCCAUUAAGUACUCACAAGGAAAAAUAUUCCCACAGUGAUCAUGUUUUCCAAAAAAACUCACAACUUCCAGCACUAUUGCAUUAUUUAAAAUUGAUCCAAAUGUAAAGCUCUCUUUUUUGAUCUGGUAAUAAAAAUUAAGAAUAGAACUGUAGGAGUCAAAAUAAUAUAAUAACAUAAAAUAUACUUGUAAUUGCACCACCCUGUAUACUUUCAGAGAAAAUCUUAUAUUUCACUUUUAUUUAUAACUGCUAUGUAAAAGGCUUUUUUGUCCAAAAAUUUUAGUUAAUCUUUAAUUUCUAUAAAAAAAAAAUAAGUUAUAUCGAUCUAGAUAUUGCAAGGCACGAUUAUACAAUUACACGAUUACAAUUACACAUUCCAACACAGUUUUAACACAGAGACCAAAUGAUGACAUACUAAACUGUAUGAACUAUUCUUACGACACGGUAGCUUCAACACCUGAAGUGACGGAGAUGCCGGAUACUGAUUCAGCGGUCAAAAAUCAUUUAGAAAUAUACACAUUGCUCUGGAUUCGACAUUUUUAAAAUUUUGUUGGUCUGUUUUAUUUUAAAUUAUAAAUGUAUGUAAUAAAAAUUUUGUAAAAUGAUUUUAAUGUUAAAUUAUACAUAUAAUUGCAAAUAAAGGAAUAGUUUCAAAGUAAAAUACAACA